AUGCCUCGGCCCGGCCGCAACACGUACAGCGACCAAAAGCCGCCCUACUCCUACAUCUCGCUGACCGCCAUGGCCAUCCAGAGUUCUCCAGAGAAGAUGCUGCCGUUGAGCGAGAUCUACAAGUUCAUCAUGGACCGCUUCCCCUACUACCGGGAGAACACGCAGCGCUGGCAGAACAGCCUGCGCCACAACCUCUCCUUCAACGACUGCUUCAUCAAGAUCCCGCGGCGGCCAGACCAGCCGGGCAAGGGCAGCUUCUGGGCACUGCACCCCAGCUGCGGGGACAUGUUCGAGAACGGCAGCUUCCUGAGGCGCCGCAAGCGCUUCAAGGUGCUCAAGUCCGACCACCUGGCUCCCAGCAAGCCCGCCGACGCCGCGCAGUAUCUGCAGCAGCAGGCCAAGCUGCGCCUCAGCGCGCUUGCGGCCUCCGGCACGCACCUGCCACAGAUGCCCGCCGCCGCCUACAACCUGGGCGGCGUGGCACAGCCCUCGGGCUUCAAGCACCCCUUCGCCAUCGAGAAUAUAAUCGCUCGCGAGUACAAGAUGCCUGGGGGUCUGGCCUUCUCCGCCAUGCAGCCGGUGCCCGCCGCCUACCCGCUCCCCAACCAAUUGACUACCAUGAGCAGCUCGCUGGGCACUGGCUGGCCACACGUGUACGGUUCCGCAGGCAUGAUCGAUUCAGCCACCCCCAUCUCCAUGGCUAGUGGCGAUUACAGCGCCUACGGCGUGCCACUGAAGCCGCUGUGCCAUGCAGCAGGCCAGACGCUGCCCGCAAUCCCGGUGCCAAUCAAGCCUACACCGGCCGCAGUGCCCGCGCUGCCCGCGUUGCCCGCGCCCAUCCCCACUUUGCUCUCGAACUCGCCGCCCUCGCUCAGCCCCACGUCCUCGCAAACAGCCACCAGCCAAAGCAGCCCCGCCACUCCCAGUGAAACGCUCACCAGCCCGGCCUCUGCCUUGCAUUCGGUGGCGGUGCACUGA